GCCUAAUUAAGACCGAGGUGUGCAAGCUCCAAAGGUUCGCGACAUAUAUAAGAUAUUUUCCACAUGGACCUCUAAGUGGCAGCGAGUCAGCCACUUGAUCUCUUGUCGCUUCUUAGCAUCACUUGCCAUGGAGUAUCCCAGGAGCUCGAGCACUUCCUCGCCCUCUCCUUCGCAAUCCACUUCUUCAUUGUCAUCGCCAUCCCCAGAGGCGAUCAGUACUCCCGACACCCAGAGAUCGCUUCUUUUCGAUGACGAUGUAGCUGCGGACCCUCUCGACAUUGCUAGUAGCAAUGCUACUUUCAUCAUGGUCGUUGGCGGGCUCGGUUAUAUCGGGUCGCACACUGUCCUGGAACUGCUCAAGGAGAAUUACAAUGUCCUCAUCAUCGACGACCUGAGCAAUUCUUACGAGAGUGUCCUUCAUCGAAUCAGAACUUUGGCGAUGGAGCAUUUCAAAACAGUGCACAAGCCGAUGCCUGCCAUACACUUUCGCCAACUCGACUACCGGAGCAGCCGCAUGAGAACGGUGCUUGAGGAAUACUCAUCCUAUUCCGUGAUCGAAACCACCGCUCGGUUUCCAUAUUCUUCACUUCAGCGGACCGACUCUGGCAUCGAGCUGGAAGCGGAAGUCGAACAGGUUGGAUUGGUCCAUCGCACCUCUCGUAUUUCCGGCGUCAUACACUUUGCUGCAUACAAGAGUGUCGAGGAAAGCAUCCGCAUGCCGCUCAAGUAUUACAGCAACAACGUCUGCGGCUUGGUUGACUUCCUUGGCCUCCUUGAAGAGUUUAACAUCAAGAAUUUCGUCUUUUCUUCAUCGGCGACAGUCUACGGGGAGAAGGCGAACUGCGGCGUGCCGCUGCGGGAAGAACACUGUGUCCACCAUCAUGAAACGUUUUACGAUCAUGAAGGAAAUGAGCAACAAGCCCUCCCAGGAGCAAUUGGUCUGACGUCUCCCUACGGACGAUCCAAGUUUAUGUGCGAGUCCAUUCUGGCGGAUAUUGCACGGUCGGAUCCAUCAUGGUCGAUUACGGCGCUGAGGUACUUCAACCCAGUCGGAUGCCAUGAAUCGGGACUCCUUGGAGAAGACCCACGACAGAAGCCCAGCAAUCUGAUCCCAGUUGUCGCCACCGUGCUCACGGGAGUUAAACCAGCAUUGGAUGUCUUUGGAACAGAUUGGAAUACCCCAGAUGGAACAGCUGUUCGAGAUUUCAUCCAUGUCGUCGAUCUGGCCAGGGGUCACAUAGCCGCCUUAGCGGCGUCUGCAGCUGGUCGCGUCAAGUCGGCGUUCCGGACAUACAAUCUCGGAACCGGGAGAGGCCACACUGUUCGGGAAGUCGUAAACAGUCUGGAAGCAACGGCUCAGCGGAAAAUACCCGUCCGAGAAGCCGCGAGAAGGGACGGUGACGUGGGAUUCUGCGUGGCUGAAGUCCGUAGAGCAGAAGUGGAGCUGCAAUGGAAGGCGGAGAAAACGCUGGCAGACUGUUCAAGAGACGUGUGGAACUUCACCAAAGCGCGUUGCAACCCGAGAGUGCCGGACGAGAUGGUGCCUUGA